AUGGAAGGAAUCUGGAAUAAGAUUACGGGCAAAGACGACCAUCACGAGCAACAGAAUCCACCUCAGACCGUUGCUCAAGGCCACACGCAGCCUCAGGCUCACGGCAACAUCAAUGAGCUCCGGCCAGUGGCCACGGAGGCCUCGACGCAAAAGGUGAACAAGGAAGAGGACAGCUUUAGCUUCUCGAAGAUCAAGGAAGCGUUGGGAGGACGAUCGCCUGGAAAACAAGCCCCUGCGCCGCUCCCUGCUGUAGGUGUGCAGCCUACGCUGAAUGCACCCCCCAAUGAGCGUAAGGAAAGUGACGACUGGCGUGACAAAUUCAAGGACCUCUUGGAUCGGGGUGCCACGAAUAAGCGCGAGGCAGAAGAGGAGCGCCUUCGUCUGGAGAGGGAAGCCGUAGAGAAGGAGAUCUCUGCUAAAGAGGCCGAGGAAAAAGCCACCGUCAAAGGAAAGCUCAAGGAUUUGUUCACAUCGGAUGCAAAGGAGGCUGCGGAGCAUCAAAGAUUGGUCGACGAGGCCAUUCAGAAGCGACGCGAAGCAGAAGAGGCGAAGCGUCGCGAGGAAUCUUUCCGUCACAAAAUCAAGGAUGUAUUUGACGGUGACGACGAGGAAAAGGAAAGGGAGCGCCAGCGUUUGGCUGAAGAGGCGAAGCGCAACCAGAGCUUUGGAGCACGUGUGAGGAAUAUCUUCAAGGAUGAGCCGGAGCCGGCACCUGUGAAGAAGCACCCCUGGUCGCGUACUCCUUCUCCCCCGCCAAAGAAGGACUGGAAGGACAAGAUCAAUGAGCUCGCUGGCGGUGGAGCAAAGGCAGAAGCCAAAGAAGAUCAUCUCGACAAGACGAUCGACUGGGUGCAAGACCACGUCCUCGGAAAAGGUGACCAACACAAUGAAAGUGCUGUUGAGCAAGCCAAGGACAAACAGAUUGCGGAUGCGAUUCGGCAUGUGACGGGCAUGAAGAAAGACGAUGACAAACGCCAUUAG